AUGUUGUGUUUAGGCGGGCUGUCUGUGGCCCUCGCUCUUGCUCUGGUUCCUGGGAGCUCGGAUGCUCUGAAGGAGGGAGAGUGUGAAGUGUGUGUGAGCUUUCUUGGAAAGUUUUAUGAUUCCUUGAACGAGAAUAACGUGGAGUUCAAUAAUCCUGAUAUUGAGAAAGCCCUGUUUAAAGCCUGCAAAGACGCCAAAGGCAAAGACAACCGCUUUUGUUAUUACAUUGGAGCAACAAGUGAUGCAGCCACCAAGAUCAUCAACGAGGUGUCCAAACCUAUGAGCUACCAUGUUCCUGCCGAAAAGAUCUGUGAGAAACUAAAGAAAAAAGACAGCCAGAUCUGCGAGCUGAAAUAUGACAAACAGCUGGACCUGAGCACUGUGGAUUUGAAGAAGCUCAAAGUGAAGGAUUUGAAGAAGAUCUUGGAAGAAUGGGGUGAAUCCUGUAAAGGCUGCGCGGAAAAGUCUGACUUCAUUCGCAAAAUCACAGAACUCAUGCCCAAGUACGCUCCGACAGCGGCCAGAGCACGGACAGACCUGUGA